AUGGCUGAUGUUUCUUCUCCAAUCUCUUUCAAAAGACGGCGGCUCAUCGGCAACCUUCAUCACACGGUGGCCGAAGAAGCCAAGCGCAAUACUGAGGAGGGUGCAGAUGGGUUUUAUGAGUUCACCGCAGAGGAUUAUUACCGGCUUCGGAAGACCAAGAAGGAAGACAAGUUUUUGAAAACACAGAAGAUGAGGGAGGCAGAGCAGGCAAAGUGCAGGUCAAGGUUGACCAAGGCUGUGAUUAGGGUUAGGUUUCCUGAUAAUCACACAUUGGAGGCAACUUUUCAUCCGUCGGACAAAAUCCAGAGCUUGGUUGAUCAUCUGAAGAAAGUUGCUGCUCGACCAGAAUUACCCUUCUACUUAUUUACUGCCCCUCCCAAGGAGGUGAUCAGAGACAUGUCAAUGGAUUUUUACUCUGCCGGGUUUGUUCCUGGGGCGAAUGUGCAUCUUUCAUAUGGUGUACCUAAUUAG